AAAAAAUGUGAAUUAAAAUGGAGCUUUCAGUUCUCUGCUUCAAGGAGAAAACUUCUCACUGUCGACUGAAAAACAAAACAUACAACCUGGAAGUUGAAUUGUUCUUGUUCAGGGACAUUACUGACGACUGCAGAGUCCUCUCAACUCUGAAGAACUGUUCCAAAGAGGUAAGGGAGGAGCCAGGAUAUGAGUUUUUGGGGGGGGGGGGGGUUGGAGGUGCAGUUGAACACUCAGAAGAUUACUGCUAAUCACAAAAAGCAUCUCAAGUGAAUGAGUUUAGUGCCUUUCUAUAAGAAGAUGGAAGAAUGUAGCCUCAUUGAAAUUGUUCCUUUGAUAUGCAUCUUAAUUAUCUAGGACCAGUAUCCUGUUUUUUUCCAUCUUGAGUUCCACCUAGGGCACACAAACCCUCUGGGCAGCUGCAACGUAGGAUGGCUUGAGGGUGGCCAUAAUCCAUUGUCUACCAGAAUGGCAGGCAAAGUUCUUUGCUUGCUGAAAUGGCAGGCAACAUUCUUUGCCCACACCGGGAAGCAAGAGAACCAGCCAGGCUCUUCUCAAGAGGAUGUAAAUUUAAAAGUCAGGAGGCAAAGAAGGUGAGAGACGGGGGAAGAGGGCAACCCUGGUAGGACAGAGAGGAGGCUGAGAACGCGGGGUGUUAAGUCAGACUAACAGGGUGGACAGCUGUAAACCAUCAGCAUUCUCACUUUACACCUAAGGAAACUGAGGCCCAGGGGACUGCGAGAGGGGCCCGCGGAAGUAAGAAACUUAAGGGAAAGACAAUUGGAACUUCGAGUUUUCAGGCCGUACCCAGAGCGCCCCAAAACCGCACAGGCGGGGGUUUUCCGCACCUGGGGCUCCCGCUUGUCGCUCACGCCCCGCCUCUCCUAUUGCUUAUUGGUCCUUUCGGGCACGAGACCAAUACAGGAGUCAGCCAAUGGGAGUGGCCCACGGCGCGUCUUUCCCGGGAAAGCGGAGGCAGAGCGGGAACCCGGAAAUGCGAGGCGCAGACAAAGUGAGGAAGCCAAUACGCUGCGAAGAGGAUGGCGGGCCGGCCAAUGGCGAGUCGCCGAGGGCGGGGCCACGGGCUGACGGCAAAGGUCUCCGGAGCCGGCGGCCAGCCGAGACUGCGAGUGCUGAGAAGGCGACAGCAGAGCAGGGCCCGGUAGUGGCGCGAGGUUGUCUGGGAAUUGACUUGCUCUCUGUGUAUCAGUUUCUUUCGUCUGUAAAGUGGAGCCUAGGGGCUGCUUUCCUCCGUGAGGUGGUGAGGGAUCCAGCCACUGUGGACAUGUGCAAGGGGCCCACCCCUGGGUCCAGAUGACACUCAUGUCGAUGGCUUCAGUGAUGGCGGUGACUGAACCAAAAUGGGUCUCAGUCUGGGGCCGCUUCCUGUGGGUGAUACUGCUGAGCAUGGCGCUGGGCUCCCUGAUGGCCCUGCUGCUGCCGCUGGGGGCCAUGGAGGAGCAGUGUCUGGCUGUGCUCAAAGGCUUCUACCUGCUCAGGAGCAAGUUGGACAGGGCCCAGCCUACUGUCACCAAGUGCACCAGACCAUCCACGGAGCUCAGUGUCACCUCCAGGGAUGCAGCACCGCUGGUGGUCAAGACCAAGGCCUCUGCAGCCAGCAAAUUAGAAGCCAAAGCAGCUUUGAACCAAGCCCUGGAAAUGAAACGCCAGGGCAAGCGGGAGAAAGCCCACAAGCUCUUCCUGCACGCCCUCAACAUGGACCCGGGCUUCGUGGACGCGCUCAAUGAGUUCGGCAUCUUCUCAGAAGAGGACAGGGACAUCAUCCAGGCUGACUACCUGUACACCAGAGCACUGACCAUCGCGCCCCACCACAAGAAGGCGCUGGUCAACCGCGACCGCACGCUGCCGCUGGUGGAGGAGAUUGACCAGCGGUACUUCAGCAUCAUCGACAGCAAAGUGAAGAAGGUCAUGUCCAUCCCCAAGGGCAACUCGGCACUGCGCCGGGUCAUGGAGGAGACGUACUACCACCACAUCUACCACACAGUGGCCAUCGAAGGCAACACUCUCACCCUCUCAGAGAUCAGGCACAUCCUGGAGACCCGCUACGCCGUGCCGGGGAAGAGCCUGGAGGAGCAGAAUGAGGUCAUUGGCAUGCACGCGGCCAUGAAGUACGUCAACACGACGCUGCUCUCCCGCAUCGGCUCUGUCAGCAUCAGCGACGUGCUGGAGAUCCACCGGCGGGUGCUGGGGUACGUGGAUCCCGUGGAAGCUGGCCGCUUUCGCACGACCCAGGUCCUGGUGGGCCACCACGUCCCGCCCCACCCUCAGGAGGUGGAGAAGCAGAUGCAGGAGUUCAUACAAUGGCUCAACUCGGAGGACGCCAUGAACCUGCACCCGGUGGAGUUUGCGGCCCUGGCCCACUAUAAACUCGUCUACAUCCACCCCUUCAUCGACGGCAACGGCAGGACCUCGCGCCUGCUCAUGAACCUCAUCCUCAUGCAGGCGGGCUACCCGCCCAUCACCAUCCGCAAAGAGCAGAGGUCCGAGUACUACCACGUGCUGGAGGUGGCCAACGAGGGCGACGUGAGGCCGUUCAUCCGCUUCAUUGCCAAGUGCACAGAGACAACCCUGGACACCCUGCUCUUUGCCACCACAGAGUACCCUGUGGCACUGCCAGAGGCCAGACCCAACCACUCUAGGUUCAAGGAGACGCUGCCUGUGAAGCCCUAAUGCUCUAAAUCCUCCCUUGGUGGCAAAGGAUGUCCCGGGGGGGAAUAAAUCCAAGAAACUCAGCAAUUCUAGAAACCUAGUCAUCUCCCAGAGUAAAAGAAGAUGGGUAAGAAACCUAAACAUUCUUUACCUCCAAAUGCUUCUUUAAAGAAGAAAACUAAGUUAUUAAGCCUUGUCCCUAAGAUAACUUAUAAUUGAGCCCAGUUAUUUAUUUCCCUCAGAGCUGGUUAAAUGUGUGCUGUCUGUGCUGGUGGCCCCGAUCCUUGGGGUGGCCCCAGCAGGCUUUGGGGGCAUCAGUGCUCCUUGUGUGACCAGAACACAGGUUCUGGAGCAGAAUCUGCACUGAGGUGGGGUCCGGAGGAGUAACCCCUUGCAGCCCUUUCUGGAACCGGCCGCGAGGGUCUGUGACUACCUGAGAGAGAGGAGAACCCGGUCGCAGUUGUGAGAAGUGACUGAAAGCUUCCUUUCGUACAGGCGUUGGCUCCCCUACCAAGAGGUUAGUGUUGUAACUAAUCCUUACCGGUAGAGCAAAUUUCUGAGAUAUGAAAUGAACGUUUACAGUAUAUCUAGUUAGAUACCUUGCUUAUUUCGAGGAAGGUUCUUUGAGCCAUAGUUUGCAAACUCCGGUACCAGAGGCUGUUAUUUUGCCACGUCGGCCGUUUCUCUAAUUAAGAACAGGGGCGUGGCUAGCCUGGGUGCUUUGUAUUGAUGUUUCUCACAUCUGCAGCAAUUCAGACCAGAUGUUUCAGUCUAAAGGUUCUUCUGGGUUUGUCACCUAACAAUUAAAUCCUGCUGCAAAUCUGAAGA